CGUACGCUGCUUUUAACUGCUCUCACAGAGGUCCCUCACUCUGCGCAGACUCACUUUUCAGUUGGUCGGGCUCUGAGUCUUCUUUCUCUCCAAACCGACGCAGCGUUCCGAUCAUCGGUUUGCUUCUCAGGCGUACGACGGCACGCUGUUGGGACGUGCAUGAGUUGGGGUUUCUGGGGUUUUUCCGAUCGUUUCUGAUCGUUGAUCAGUCUCUGUUUAAUGGGUUUUGAUUGAUCAUAGUCGAUUUAUUCGUAUCUGUUUGUUCUGGCCUCUGGGUUUCUUGUUUAAACACUGUGAAUUCUGAGGAUCCUAUCAUGGAUAACGAUAAAGAUGUUGGCAGCGACUCUGACUCUUAUGUCAUUGUGAGCAUUGCCAAUUCUGUGUGCAGUGAUUCUGAAAGUGUCGCGGAUAGUGAUUUUGAAAAUUAUGAAAUUGUGAGUCCUAAAAACAAUGUGGCUACUGAUUCUGGAGAAGAUCUAUUUGAUGGAAGCACACAACAGUCGAAGAAUGUGGAAAAGGACGGUUAUGCGUGUUCUGACUUUGAUUGUGGUGAGGGCACUGAUUCUGAAGAAGUUCUAUCUGAUGAAAGCCAACAACAUUUGAAGAAAGUGGAUAUUGAUAGUGAUCUGAGUACCGAUUCUGAAAAAGAACUAUCUGAUGGAUUCAGAAGAAAGUUGAAGAUUAUGGAUGAUCACCAUUACAUGGAUACUGUUCUCACUGGGAAACAGCUGAAGAUGAGACACUGUUCUUGUGAGUUUCACAAAUAUCCAUGUAAAAGAAUCGGUCCUAAACUUUCCCAUGAUGAAAGGCUUUAUAAGAGAAUGGACAUAGGUGACGUUGCAAUGGAGAAUGUUCUUCCUUUCCUCCCUGCAAAAAUGCUGUGCAGGUUGAGAACUGUUAGCAAACAGUGGGAUAAGUGGAUUUCUAAUCCUUUCUUCAUUCAUAAGCAAACUUACUACUUCAGGAAAAUCUCUGGUCUUUUUUGUCAAGCCCCUGGUGGCGACCCUUACUUCCUUCCACUUGAUAAUGAUUCUUACGGCGUUCCUAGAUCUUACCUCAGCUUCAUGCCCGAACCAGUUAUUGCAAAGACCACUUGCAAUGGUCUGGUCUGCUGUCAGAGCAAUGACGGAGAAGAUACCUACUACAUUUGCAACCCUGUGAACAGGCAAUUUAGAAAGCUUCCCAAGCCUGAUUUGUAUCACGGAUCUGAGUCUUAUCCGGCACUAGCCUUUGAGCCUUCUGUGCUUGACUUUGAAGUGCAUUUUCAACUUGUCUGUGCCUUCUCUGUACCCGGUCAUUUGGGUGUCUAUUUUGAUAUAUACUCUUCAAGGACAAGCGGUUGGGAACUCUCCGAGACAGUAUGCUAUGAGCUGGAGGCUACAACGUUGGAAGGUAACACCCUCUUUCUAAAGGGUGUACUCUUUUGGGAAACUUUAACGGGUGUCAUUCUGGCAUUUGACUUGAAGACGAUGCAAUAUAGUAUUCUGUCACUCCCCUUCAGCACGGGACCACGUGGUGUUAUUUCACAGAGGAAUGGAGAGCUGUGUUACAUUCUGCCUCGUGAUGAAUCCAGUAUGUACUCCUUGGAGAUCUACGGUAAUAUGGACAUGAGCCUGAAGUGGAAGAUUAAUCUCUUUGACCAGAGUUUCUCCUCUUAUAUGGACACAUUUCGGGUAUUGGCUUGUGUGAAUGAUGAUGUGAUGAUACUUCUUGUCGGACAGACGGUGAUUGCAUAUCAUGUGAAAGUCCCGGAGGUAAAAGUAUUGAAAGGAAACGAUUACGGGCUUGGUGCUGGAAAUGAAAGAUAUCUUCCAUAUGUGAACAGCCUUGUGCAGAUCUAGUUCUGUCUGCCUUCCAUUUUAUUAGCUUGUUAUGUUUUGAUCAAGUUGGUUUUAAGUUUGUUGUGUCCAUGGGGCUUUUUUUCUAGACCUGGUGCCUUGAUGCACAAGUGCUUUUGUCAGAUGGUGCUUGUGCUCCAUCAACUGAUAUUGUGUUUAUAAAUAAUAUGGUGCUUGAUAUUAGCUUUGGCAA